GGGGAGACCAUUAACAACUACCAUAUGGUCAGUGAGGUUCGUAACGUGGGUUUUGCGACACGAGAUAGUGCUACACAACACAGAAAAUGGAAUUGGCGAUCUUGCUAGGGGACAGACAUCGAAAUAUUGAAGAAGAAAAUGUCCACCUUCCAUAAGCUUAUUCUUGGGAGGAAGAUUUGAAGAAGUUUUACAACAUGAUUCAUCAAAGCAAAUAAUUGGGCAAAAUCCUGGCAACAAUAAAUAUUUGGAUGGUGCAAUAGUUCACAAUGUGCAAUCAUAUCUCACCACUGAGGCUGGAGAUGACACUUCCUUAAGGGAACUGGAGGUGCUGGUGACUGGGGCAGCAUGUUUACAGUUGUUCGUACAGAAUAACUGGCUUGGUCCUCUGACCUCUGCUCCACCAUCCUGUUUUCUCCCUGAUGCAUGGAGAGAUGACACAAUGGUUCAAGAUUUGGCUUUGACAUUUUUGACUGAAGAUGGUGAGCCAGCCUAUAACCUAUCAAAGUAUGCAGCUUUUUUACAGAUAGCCCGUAUCAUUCUCCUAGACUGCCGACACCUCUGCUCAUCGCUACAGACAUGGGACUGGUGGUUAGUGCGAUGUCUGGGGAUACAACAAGCUCUGCUAGACCAAAAUCUCCAACGUUACGGGCCACCAUUCUGGAAAGAAUUGAAGACAUCUCAAAGAAGGAAACACUUCUCACUAGUGAUUCAAACAGAGAUAUAGCUGUGCUGUUUCACGUGGAAGCCUCACGACUUUGUCAGCUAUACUGGGAAGACGCUCAUAGUAGAGAACAUGUAGCUCAGGCUAAGAAACUUGCUGGUAUUCAGGUCGAGCUAACAGGUGCAUUAGGGAAGCGGACACGAUUUCAAGAGGAGCACAAGGCCCAGCUGAUGGUUCGAGUCACAAGAGAGCAGGGGGAGGAGACUCUGUCUCAGUGCAGUUUUUGUGCUUCAGAAAUUGGUGUUCCCAAAAACCUUCCUAUGGAGGAUGACACUGUGUUGAACAAAAUUGAUUUCAAAAAUGCUGAAGAUAACAUUGCAAUCAAACUUUGCCCAUUGGAACAAGCCUUACUGUUUGCUGUAAUGGAAGCCCAUCGUCGUGCGGUAGCAAGUGAGAGGCUUACAGAGGAAGAAGUUAUGGCUUAUCUUGAUUUCAUUCUAGAUCAAGUGACUAGUUGGUCAGUGGCUGUAUCAGCCCUUGUUCGCCGAUCUGUAAUGGAGAAGAACAGUCGCCGUAGAGUAGAACGUUCUAUGCAGCAACUUGAGGAGCUGGUGAACAACAUUCACCGGCAAGAGCCUACUGCAGCUCACAGGCUACAUCUUUUCUAUGCUGUGUUGCCCCCAGCAUCUUGGGUGUUGCAGGGCGAGUUGGCAACACUGCUUAUUUCACUAGGUUGUGUCGGGGCUGCUCUUGACAUCUAUGAGCGCCUGCAUUUGUGGGAAGAUGCCAUUUUAUGUUACCAACAACUUGGAAAGAGAGAAAAGGCAGAGUCUGUUAUCCGUGAACAGCUUGCUGUAAAAGAAACUCCAAAUCUGCUUUGUUUCCUUGGUGAUGUGACUCGCGACUCAUCACAUUACCAGCGAGCUUGGGAACUGUCCAAUCAGCGCAGUGCACGAGCAAUGAGAUGUCUUGGUUAUGUACAUUUCUCAGAAGAAAGAUAUGAUGCUGCAGUGGAGUGUUUUGAGAAAUCUCUUACCAUCAACUCUUUACAGAUUCCUGUGUGGUUCACAUGUGGCUGCGCUUGCAUGGCUGCUGAGAAAUAUGAGGACGCAGUAAGAGCGUUCCGGCGCUGCGUCAACAUUGACUAUGAUAAUUUUGAGGCUUGGAGUAAUUUGGCUACAGCCUAUGCACGUCUGAAGAAAGUGGACAAGGCAUUUCUUAGUAAAGAUGCUAUCAAGUGCAGCUACGAGAACUGGAGGCUGUGGGAGAACUGUCUGCUGUUUGCCACAGACUGUGGGGAGUUUGAAGAAGCCAUCAGGGCUUAUCACCGCCUUUUGGACCUCAAGGACAAGUGGAUAGAUGUACAGGUGUUGGGGAUACUAGUCAGGGCAGUGGUGGAGAACAUUAAUGAUAACAGCGGAAGACCAGCAGCAAGGCUUCAUGGAAAACUAAUGGAACUUUUUGGCCGCAUCACAGCCAAGGUCACAAACAAUGCAAAAAUUUGGCGAUUGUAUGCAGAGCUGGUCAGAACAGACUCUGCAGAUCACAAAUGUGAUAUUGAAAAAUGCUUGCAGCUUUUUCAAAAGUCUCACAGAUGUUUGAUGCAGGAGUCGGGAUGGGAAAAAGAUGAGAAAAAAUGUAAAGAUGUGGCUGAACAGUCCAAACAGCUGGCAGAAGUGUACCUGACAAGUGUUGGCCAGGCAUGCAACACUGUGCAGGCCACCCCUCUUCUGUCAUCUGCUAAAUUCAUGCUGAAAGGUGUUGUCAGCAAGAUCAAACAACAAUACAUAGAUCCAGUGAGUGGAUUCAUUCCAGAAGACAUGGUCAGUGUGUGUCAAAGUUUGGAGGAUGAACUGCAAACAGUGAUUUCCAAGUUGGAGGAGUUAAAGUCAUCAUGAUAUGCACGUGAGAAGCUAAACUCUGAGAUUACAAUCUGAGCUACCCAUCAGAGGAAAGAAGGAAACAAAGGAGAAGAAAACAGAUCAUCAUGAAAAGCAAAGGGAUCAGAAUUUAGACAGAAGUUGCUUGAAUAGAAGACACCUUCCAAUGUGACAGUUGCUGUGAGAUGUACAUGGAAUUAUCACAAUUACGAAAAUAAAUUUGAAGUUUA